UGGAAAUCCAUAAAACUUACGUGAUAUCAAAGUCAUUCGAUGUUGUUAUCCGGUGGAUGUUAUUCAUAUGAUUGACCAUGCUUAAACAUGACGGAAGUAGUUAAUGAAUGAAAUAAAAGUGAUAGUUGGAAAAUAACUAGACCAUAGAGCAACUCCUGUGAACGCAUGGCAAAAACUAAUGUUAUGAGUUAUGACUCAUGUGUAUAAAGUUAAACCCUGAUUUCGAAUUGGACCCAAAACUAAAAUGCUGUUUUGGACAAAGAAGAGAAAACGGCAUCAGUUUGUACCGCUUCAUUGUAUUUUGGUUUGGAAAAUAAGGUUGUCCAAAGCUAUGUUUUAGAGCAUCUCUAACACAUUACUAUUUUCACUUUUAUAAUACUAGCAUUUAGAGGUGAAAUUGCUCCAAUCUACCUCUAUUUCUUCCUCUAUAAUAGAAAUUUCUAUUUUUUCCUCUAUUUAUAAAGGAAGAAAUAGCAUUUCUCUAUUUUUUACUCUAUAUUUUAGAGAUUGAUAUUUUAAGGGAAUACAUUGGAGCAUAUUUCAUCUAUAUUAUAGAGUUCCCCUAUUUUAGAGGUGAAAAUAGCAAAAUACAUUGGAGAUGGUCUUAGGCUUUUAGCCCCUCUCCCCUCGGGCCUCCCCUAAUAUUAUAUCUUCUCUUCGCAGAAUUAAGUGUGUAUACAUGAACGGUUUUAAAAUUUAUAGGACAAAACUAUUACAGUUUCAAAGCCAAAUAUUUCAUAUAUGUUAUUGGAUGAUUUGAAAGUCAGAUAAUUGAUAAAAUAUUAAUCCUUUUUUGUCAAAAAAUAUUUUAAAAUUUGAAGGCUAAUGCGCGUGAAUAUUUUAUUUUGUUUGUUUUCAUGGCCGCCGGCUCAGUGUGUACAUAGAUAAUCGAGGUUUCUCAUGAUACAAGAAAAAAAUGUAGAACACCAUUUAAUUCAGUUGAAACAUGUAACAUUGAAGAUUCAAAAAAGGUCCAUUUUCAUGGGAAAAAAAGCUCGCAAGAAAGCAUUUAACAAGAGAAGACCAAGGAGAAGACGAUGUCCUAGGAAUCGAUGUUCAAUGUCAAAAUGUAAUAAAUUGGUAUAUAUAGAUGUGUUGGAAACUAUUUGGAAAUGUGAUGUAUUAUGUGACCUAUAUAUAACAUCAUUUGUCGUUUAUUGACCAAAAACCAAAACGACAAGUGUUCACUUUGUACGUCGCUUUCAGUCUAAUAAACUAUCGGUUAACUUAGCUGUUCAUGUACUAAUUAUCUGAUUUAAUUAAUCACAUACAAUUAAGCAUAAGAAUCAUGUGGCUUCUUCUUAUCCUCUAAAUGCAAUGUACAGCACAUGUGGGAUUAAUAAUAAUAACCCAUGAAAGUCAAAUAAACCAUUAAACUAAUUCUAGAAAGAAGAAGAAGAAGACAACCAAAACAAUUAGGAAACCUAUGAACCAAACAGACACUUCAUCGUUUAAUUUUGUAAACCGGUUCAAAGUCGGUCGUGUAAGCCAUCUAAAAUUUAUGGCAUAAAUGACUUCUCCGGUUUUCCGUCAACACUAUAUAAUGACAUUUAAGGUCUUUCUCCGGUUUAGCUCAGCUUUGACCAAAACCCCCUCCGUGACGUCAUCAACGCUGACAGUUUCAAUUGUUCUCUUCUGUUCUGAUUCUCACUUUCUGAGAAAUUUCAGACACAACAGAACAUAUAAAACCAAAACAACCUCUGUCUCGCCUCUCUAUGUGAAUAAAUGGAAAAGGCAUCCGACAACAACAACAACUCCAAGAAACUCUCGAAGAUGCUUCAAAAAGCGUUAUCAAUUGGUCACAGUGCGGCGCCGUUUAGUCCGGUAAGAGAUUUCCGUCACCACCGUACGAUUUCUACGGCGAGCAGAGGAUACUUCUUCUCCAGUCCGAUAACACCGUUGCUUCCAACGUCGGCUAGAGCUAGGAGAAGAACCAAGAGCAACGGCGUCGUCGUCGCCGAACCCACUUCGCCUAAAGUCUCCUGCAUCGGUCAGAUCAAACUCGCGAAGUCGAAAUGUCCGGAGAUGAAAAACAGAGAACCUAAGACUAAAACUCUCGAAACGUCGUCGUCUUCUCUUGUUAAAGAGGAAGGCAAAGGAAACUGGUCGAUACUAAAACGUCUCUUUUCAACGGGGAGGAAUCCUUUGAAAAAAUCCAGCGCCACGGCCUCUGCCGCCGUCAUCGAACAUCCCGUCGUGGCGGUGGAAGCAGUUACGGCGCCUUCGUUGGGUAAGAUGAAGAGGUUCGCGACCAGCAGGGAAUCUCUUGGUGGGUUCGAUUGGAGGGUCGAGAUGAAACGUCAAGGAGAGGAAUCUCGACCGGAUCAUUACACUCCCGAUGACGAAGAGACGACGAUUCCAUUCUCUGUAAGUAUGCCUCUGACUCAGCAAGAGGGUUUGAGUUUGUAUCCAAGACAGAAGAGUGAAGUUAAUUUGUGGGAGAGGAGAACCGUGGAUCGACCAAAACCACUUCAAGUUAAAGCUACUUAUUAAUUUGUCUUCGUUACUUUUCUAUGUAUACUUGUUUUUUUUUUUUUGGUCUCUGAACUUGGUUUCUAGUUUUCUACGUAUUAUUAGGUCUGAAUUUUUGUGGAUAUAUUCAACAAACAAAAUAAUUAUACUUGUGAAUAGAUCAAAACUUUUUUUAUUUUCGAUCUAAACUAUACAUAUAUAUCGAGUUUAAGAAGCGAAACAUCGGCCUGUGUAUUGCUUUAAGUACUUGUUAUUGAAUUACAACCAAGUUUUUUCAUGUUUAAAAAAAAACAAGUUUUUUCAUUGAACUGAACUCUAGGUUUGCUAGCAAGAGGAAUAAAUUCCUUAGAUAUCGAAGACGAUCACUAGAUACCAUAUUCUACUAACACUUUGGAUUGUGGAUCAUACGCUAUACUAGAACACCCGGCACACAAAAAAAAACCCCGAACCUUCUCAAUAGAGGCUAUGGCUAUGGAUGAAAAUCUUCUCUUAUGAGUUCUCAGCUCACUUGGAAAAACGGAGGCAAGAAAGAUGACUAAGAGAACAACAACAACAACAUAAAUGUAUGAUACGUUGGGGAACAUAAAUGUUUUGUUUUCUUCUACAAGAUGGACACAACCAUUGGCAUAACGAAUCUUCUUAUUGUCUCUCACAAUGCCCUGAGAUUUUGGGGAUCUUAUAUGAUUUAGUAAAGAUUUUAAUAAUUUUAGGACCUAAUUUUUUUUUUUACAAAUUUUGGAAUAUAAAUUCUUUGGUCUAAGACAAAUGUUUAGUUAGGUUUGGUCCAUGACCGGCCCUGCUUGCAAUUCAUCCGUAUACUGGGUAUACACUUGAAGCCUUUCCCAGUCAAAUGGUUUUGAUUACUGCCUUUUGUAUUGGAUAAGCUUCAAUAUUACUUGUGGAACAAGUUAUUCAUAAAGGAAUUUGGAUAACUAAUAUAAUUAGAAUUGGGAUAAAUGAGUUUCCUAUAUCAAUAUGUAAUAGGAUAGAAAAGAAUUUCUAUUGACUAUAUAAGUAGAUCAUCAUGUGUGAUGAAUCCAUAAAGAAGAUAAUAAGCUUGUGUUUAGUUUUGAGUUAAGUUUAUAAACAUAAUAAAAUGAAGGACUCUUUUAUACAAGCUGUUCGAUAUUGUUCUUGGCUACUUUACCUUGAAGAAUACAGGUGAAUCACGCUCAAACACCGUCUGUUCAAAAGCCAAGAUUAUCCAAGCUCGAAGUAGUGAUCUUUAUCUGAGCAAAAGGUUUUAUGAGAAAGUAGGGAUGUUACUUAAUAUUUCAACAUAAAUCAACUCUUUAACUAAAUCAAAAUAACUUUGUGAAUAUUGAAUGUUUAUAAUAUGAACAUGUAAAAAGAGUUUCUACAGAGUAUCUUGAAAUAUGUCAAAUGAGUAACCCUUAUCAGCAUCUCUCUUAUUUUUGCCAUUUUUGAAUUUUUUCUUUAGAUACUCAUGAGGUAUCUUGCAUACAUGUGCUUGGGGAUGGUAAUCAAGGACUUGGACCGCGGACCUGACCCGUAAAGAUUUGCUGCAGGGAGGGAUUGAACCACCAUUUGGUAAGUCCGUAAAAUUGUGGGCGAUGGGCUCAAAGCGGGACGGGCCGAAAGCGGGAUAGUCUACAGGUUAACAUGCGGGAUUUUGAAGACCCGCAACCCUAAGUCUCCAUUUCUUCUUUCACCUAAAAUAUUGAGAGAGAAGGUGAUUCGACGUUAUGAAGCUCCGAUGAUGGUGGUUUCAGGGUCGAUGAUGCUUCCGGUCUCCCAAGCACCUUCGAUCUGCACCAAUGAAGCUUCUUCGAGCCAUCAUAAGAAGUUUGAAAACUCAUUUUCCAUCGAAGAAAAAGAUCUAGUUCCCGCCAUGGGUUCUUCAUAGUUUUGCCUAUAUGUAUUCGUUCACAUUAUCAUACAUUUUGGAGUUUUACGUUUUAGUAUAUAUUUAACUAACUUCUAUUAUUCUUUUUUGUAGAAGAUGAAGUUGAUGGUGAAAAAGAGAAAUUCUCAUCUUUUUGUCGCUUGUUGGUGAUAAAGUUGAAGAUAAGAAGUGUGAUUCAAUUUGUUCAAAAAAAAAAAAAGAAGUGUGAUUCAAUGUUUUUUUAUUUACUUUUGGGAUUAGCAUCUUUGAUUUGGUGUUUGGUUUUAUUUAAUUUUGGAUUCAGAAAACUAAAACCUUAUGAGUUAUAAUAUUUGGAUUGAACAACUAAAGCAUUGUUUAUUUUUAAUAUGUUUGGAGUGUAACAAAAGUAACUAAACUAGUGUUUUGAUCCAACUAAAAUCUUCAACUAACAAGUGUAUUGUCUUUUCUAGUUUAAUCCUUAACUAGACUCACUUACUGAUGCGUCAUGAAGCUGAUAAAACUUUAUGAAUCAUGUCUUGAAAUGUCCAAAAGCCAUAUGUUUGUUUGUAAUUUUAUGUUCCGCAAGCCGAUCCGCAAAAGCCUACAUAUUUUGCAGUACGUAUUUAGUAAGCCAUUUUAAGGACCACAGCUUGCACGGAUCUGACCUGCCAUAAUCUGCUCUAAGACAAAUUCGCUGCGGUACGAGACGGGACAGAUCAACUUGUCUGGCAUUCCUACCUAUGCUUUUAGGCUUUCAUAAAUUAAAAAACAAACUACAAAUAUUACAAAUGGCCCAUUAGCCCAAGACACUAAUGUUUGUUCUCGAUACCAACAUAUAAACUUAAGCAAACGUAUUAAAAAACACUUCAAGAGUACAAGAGUUAACUGGAGGAAAAGGUGGGACCCGAUAGAUACUUAGAUAAGAAGAUAGUGACACCACGAUCUAUAUCUACAUUACAUAUCCCUCAUGUCCUUUUCGACGUGAAUCAUCACGAUCUGGAACUGGAAUAUGUUUUUGUAUACAAAAAUAUAUAUUUCGACACACGAUAUCACUUGGCCAUAAUCGAGCAAAAACAAAAGGGAAAUGUCUUUUGUUAGAUAUAUAUUUUCCUGGAUCUAACAACAACUCAGAAAGAAUCACGUGAAUUCUAUUAUUUUAUUAAGGAAAAAUAAACCGUAUCGACAAUUGAAAUUAUAAUGUUCAUAGCAUCCGACCACGCGCGUCUCCACUCUUCCCAGUUACUUCCCAACAACACUAAUGCCUUUGCGACAAACUGAAAACCAAUUAUACCUAAUGGAGCUAAUUUUGAUUUCUUGACGCGCCACGCACAAUUCUCUUUUUUCUUUAAACUUUAAAUAAAUUAAAAAUCAGACACUGACUCGCACUAAUCAACUGCUAGCACACGCUGUCCACACCAAACUACAAAGUACAUUAGUUUACAAAAGUACCCUUCUAACAGUUAUGAGUUCUACUUAAAAGUGCUAUAAAUCCACUGUGUCUCGUCGGCGCUAAGCUUCCGGCGGAUUAUAAGAUACCCAGAUUCACUUAUUUAGGCACCAAAAAAAAAACAGUAAUACCAAAUUAAAAUUAAAAUCUAAAGGAGUAGUACAUUGACUGACUGACUGACCAAGCAAAA